AUGGAAAAGAUGGAAAAGAGCAGAUCAUUUCCAGAAUAUUCAUCAUCUUCACACACAAAAACAAAUGGUUCUUCAGGAUUCAAAGAUCAAUCAAGAUCAUACGCAUUCAAUGGUCCGAUUACUAAAGAUGGAGAGACAAAGAGGAAGAAGAGGAUCGCAGAGUAUAACAUGUUCACCACCGGAAGUAAGUUGAAAUCAACGGUCAGAGAUAGCUUCAAAUGGAUCAAGAACAAGUUCACAGAUGUUCGUUAUGGCAUGGUGGCGAGCACACCACUAUCUUUGAGUAGAGAUGUUCGUUUGGAUGGAUCGUGUAACGCCCGUGUUUCUAGGCUAGGCAUUAAUAUUGACAUAAUGGUCUAG